AUGACAUCAAAAACGUUUACUAAUAAAAAGAUUUUCAAGGUGUGGAAAUUUGCAAAUUUUGGAGAGCUCCGAUCGGAGCUAUAUUAUUUUUUUGGAUUAUUAUGUUUAUUAUCAUGGCUUGCAUUUAAUUUAUGGAUUUUACGUGAUUAUUUUUUUCCAUGGUGGUUUUCACCAUUGUAUACAGAAAGUGGUCUUCCAAAACAUAAACUAGAAAUGAAAAAAAAAGAAAUUUUAUUAGAGAAACGGGUUAUUGAUGACGUGAAAAUACUUCCAAAUUCGCAUACUAUCUUUCUCCAUGAUUCUUUAAUAGAAAAUUAUGAUAAUUCAAUAAAUAAAGAACAUUCAAAUAAAAAUACAGUCAUAAAAAUGAAUGAUAUUAUAACUGAUGAAGAAAUUUAUUAA